UUAGAAACGAAUUCCCGUCACGGUUCGAACAAGAUUCCACACACUUGGUUUUAUAACCAAAGCUGCUCACAACGUUUCUACUCUUCCCGAGGUGGGACUGAAUUUUUCCUCACAACGUUUUCUACCGAUGUGGGACUACAAAUUAAUGGAGUAUGCUCGGUUGAUAAAUGAUAAUUAAUACUCUGCAACUGGAAGCCACCUCGCAGUUCCGCAAGCUUUUUUCAAUUGGUAACCUUAAACGAUUCACUUUUAAUCGCUAUUCUCUAAAGGGUUUUUGUGGCUUAGCUUCUCUCUUCUCUUCUCUUCCACCUUUGCCUAUGUCCAUGGCGAUUUUCCAUCACCAUCUUCUUCUUCUUUUCUUCAUCUUUCUAUUUCAUUAUUCCAUCAUCGUAGUUAAAAAAACCCAACCCUUAUCAUCAUCAUCAUCAUCCUCGUUCUUCUUCCUUUUCCAAUUUCCACCCUUCAGCUCAGAACUCAGGAUAGAAGAACCCCACUUCCACAAGUGUACUCCUUCAAUGGUUAAUGGGGUCUGCUCGGUUGAUAAUAAUCUGCAGCUGGAAGCCACUGAGCAGUUCUGCAAGCUUCUUUCAAUAGAGAAGAAUGUAGCAAGUGAAGCAAAGCAGAGCAGAUGUGGUUUGUGUCAUGUUAUAGGUUCAGGAUUGAAUUGAUGGUGUCAUGUGAUAGCUUUAGA